AGGAUAUAUACACACCACAAAGACACAUGCAACUCAACGAGUGCUUCGAUAUUUUGACAAUGUUGUUAAGAAAAAUGUCUUUCUUGUGGGGUAUGAUAAUCCGGAAGAAUGCGACGAUGAUCCUCUUUGCCUUAUAAACAUGAAGAGACCUCCCAAGGUCAAAAAAAUGAGGCAAAAACGCUUCAAAAAACAGAACAGGAAUUAGUGACAAUUGUUUGUAAAACUAUGAACAGAUUGGACCUUGUCAAGCGAAUGAUUGAGUCAGUCUGGAAUUACUACCCAAAGACUCAAGUUAUCGUUGUUGACGAUUAUUAUAAAGAUUAUUUAGCUGACGUUCUAUGGCAGGAAUUUUUAACCAAUCACAGUAUUGUGGAUUACGUUCAGCUUGGUGAGAAUGCUGGUAUAAGUCAUGGUCGAGAGAUUGGUGUUAGUUUAGUGACAACAAAGUACUUCAUGCAAAUUGAUGACGAUUUUGUCUUCACUGAUAAUACAAAUUUAACCAAGUUAAUCGAUGUAUUAGAGACUACAGAUCUAAGCAUUGUGACUGGUGACUACAAAAAUAUGAUGUUUACAGGGAUACUAAAAGUACAUCAAAAUAUCGCACAGAAGAAAGGCAAACAGACAAUGCUGUAUCAUUUCCCAGAAACAGCCCAUGGUCUUAUACCUGGGUUUAAAAACUGCUAUAGUGUUGAUCUUGGGCCUAAUAUAUACCUGGCUAACACAGAGCAUAUACGAUACAUCAAACCAUGGGAUCGUGAACUUAAAGCACAAGAACAUACUGAUUUCUUUCUCGUAGUCCUAAUAGCGGGACUUAAAGUAGGAGCGUGCACUGAUGUUCCCCUCAAGGAGUAUGGAGUGCCGGACAGACUCAAAACUCGGGCAAAGUAUCCAAAAAAGGGUGUUUACAUUAUGAACUAUUUAAGAAAAUGGAAAAUUACUGAAUGGUUCAAACAAUGUAGUCCCAAACAGUAUUAUUCUAAAGAAAUGGACAAUGGAAAAUGCAAAUGGAAUAGCACAUAUCAAUUCUUUGAUGGAGAUCCAAACAUACUUCAUAAUAUACUUAUUGACAGAAAUUAAUAAAAUAUAACAUGUAAUUAUCAAAUUUUGAACAUAAAGUCAGCAUCAUUGAUAAUUUAAAUAGAGAUGAAUAUUCUAUCCAGUUUGACUUAAUAGAAAAUGCCUAGUCUUUUGUGUCACAUAUCACCAGUUUGACAUAAAAAAAUGGAAUAAUGUGACCAGUGUGAUAUAACAGAGUGAGAUAAAUGUGGCCAAUGUGACAUUUACAGAGUGGAAUAAAUGUGGCCAGUGUGACAUUAACAGAGUGGAGUAAUUGUGACCAGUGUGACAUUAACAGAGUGGAAUAAUUGUGACCAGUGUGACAUUAACAGAGUGGAACAAUUGUGACCAGUGUGACAUUAAUGAUAAAUAUAACCAGUGUAAAAUCAACAGAGUAGAAUACAUGUGACAAGUGUGACAUAACAGAGUGGAAUAAAUGAGCCAGUGUAACAUUUUUAAGAAAAUGUGACCAGUGUGACAUAAAAGAGUAAAAUAAAUUUGACAAAUGUGACAAUAUGAGUUGAAUAAAUUAGACCAGUAUGACAUUACAGAGUGAAAUAAAUGUGACCAGUGCGACAUUAUAAGCAUGUGCAUGUACUCACAACAAGAUUGAAUAAAUCUGGCAGAAAGAACUGCUCAUCAUUGCCAAAUAUGAAAUCUGGUGGCUCUUCAGGGUAACAACUGUUGAACAACACUUCCCCUAGAAGUAGAUAGAACAUGACAUUUGAAAUUAUUUUUUAACAAGAUGCUGAAUAAUAAUCAUUAUUUAGUACUAUAUUUUGG